AAUUUGAAUGGAAAUUUAAUGGAUUGGCAAUUUCAUCACGAAGGCAUGAAAUUUCUCCAACCCGACCAUUCAAACUGAAAGUUACCAAAGUGAUUCUUGCUGAUGCUGGAGAAUAUCAAUGCACAUUGAAGGGACGAGCAAUUUCAGUCCACCAGUAUAGGAGAGUGCAAGCUGAUCAAAUCCAAGCAGCUCCCAUUGUACAAGUUCAGCGUACAAUGUUUGCUCAGUGUGACCAAGGGAAGACUGUAGCUCUUGAGUGUUGUGUCCAGUCCCCUUUCAAAGUAAAAUGGUUUGCUGGUUCUAAUUCUUUAUCAUCCAGUCCAAGUGAAAACCCAAACUGCAUCAUUUAUCAACAUCCCAUGCAAAGCUGCACAGUAGAAAAGAAAGAAACAUUUACAUGCAAAGUAGAAAAUCCAGUGGGUUUUGAAGAUAAAACCACUCUGACCAUCUUUUUGGAUCCGAUUAUCUGCAAUGAUGAUGAGUAUGGGGCUGGAAGAACAGGUGACAGAGCAGAAGGAAAGUGUGAAGAAGGUCAAACGGGGGCCAAGAUUGUAGAGUGUCUGGCAUCAGGAAACUGGAAACUUGUAGAGGACAACUGCAUUGUAGCCAUAAUCAAUGAAUUACAAAUUGAGGCAGAGGAUCUGAAAGAGCAAGAAAUACCAGUAUUCACAGGAAAUUUAAGUAAAGCUGUACAGAAAGAAGAAAAACAAAUCACCAAGUCAUCCGCAACAAUAUCUGCUAUUGUUAAUAUCUUAAAUACAAUUGCAAGCGUUUCAACAGAUGUAAAAGAAGAUGUCAUGCAGAAUGUACUGGAUACUGUUGAUGUCAUAAUUAGUGAUGAUGCAAAGGAUUCUUGGACUUUUCUGAAUACAGAUGAAAACCAAAAUUCCAGCUCACUUUUGCUAGGUUCACUAGAAACGCUUUCUGAAAGGCUAAAUGGAACAUUUACAUUACGUACCCAAAGGAUUCAGCUUACAAGAACAACAUUCAGAAACUCAUUCAGUGAAGAGCUGAACUCCACAGUGUCAAUAACAAUCCCAGCAACAGGCCCCAAAGAUAUAAUUAUCACCACAAUUCUUUUUUCCUCUUUGAAUAAUGUUAUGCCAACACGGACCUCUACGUUCAAUGUUAGCCUUUUGAAUUCCACCAGCAAUGAAACUGACACUGAGAAUGCCAUCAAUGCUGCUGUUCUUCUUGUCAAAAUAGAUGAAACAAUUAAAAAUGUUACCUUAAGUUACAACAAGCUCAAUACAACCCUAAAACAAAAUCCACAGUGCGUCUUCUGGAAUUUUACACUCUUAGAUGCAAUUGGGGCUUGGGAUGAUGAGGGCUGUGAGUUUGUUUCUGACAUAAAUGACACUGUAACCUGCACCUGCAACCACCUCACAUCUUUCUCAAUUCUUAUGUCAACUAGUAUCCCUGAAUCAAUCAGAACAUUAUUGGAUAUAAUGACAUAUAUUGGAGUUGGGAUAUCAAUGAUCAGCCUUCUAAUUUGCCUCGUUAUUGAAGGAAUUGUUUGGAGAGCCCUAACCAAAAAUAGCACUGCUUUUAUGCGCCAUGUUGCCAUUGUGAACACAGCGCUGUCCCUGCUGAUUGCUGACAUCUGCUUUAUCAUUGGAGCAGCUAUCGCAAAGAACCCUAAAGAAAACCCAGAUGAGGACUACACAGUACCCCUUGGACCUUGUAGUGCAGCAACCUUUUUCAUGCACUUUUUCUAUCUUGCCAUGUUCUUUUGGAUGUUUGUUUCAAGCCUCUUGCUCCUAUACCGGACAGUCAUGGUCUUCUCUGAAAUGUCCAAAUGGACCAUGUUUGCCAUUGGCUUGACUGUGGGAUAUGUUUGCCCUCUGAUUAUAGCUGUUACUACUGUUGCCGCCACAGCACCUGAGAACGGAUACAUAAGAGAAUAUGAAGCCUGUUGGCUAAACUGGACUAAGACUAAGGCCCUCUUGGCCUUGGUGAUCCCUGCGCUAACCAUUGUUGUAUUCAAUAUUUUGGUCAUAAUAGUGGUUUUGUACAAGAUGAUUAGAAGAAGGAGUCCUGGAAAUGCAGCCCAGGCAAAUGAAAAAAACACACUGGUAGUGAUUCUGAGAUGUGUGGCUAUACUAAGUCCUUUAUUUGGCCUGACCUGGGCAUUGGGGUUUGGAACCAUGGUGGAGCCAACAAAUGCGGGGAUCCAUGUUGCCUUUGCUUUCUUCAAUUCCCUGCAGGGCUUCUUCAUUUUAGUGUUUGGGACUCUAUUUGAUUCCAAGAUCCGUUCCCUGAUUUUAAGAAAAGUGCCGGCUCGAAGCUCCACCUCUAACCAAACAAGAAGCACAAGUGGUGGAAUUUCAUCUUUCAUCAAUAUUUUUCGUGGGAGAAGAAAUGCCUACAAUGUUUCUCGGGUUGGAAACUCAAACAACGCCAGCAGCGCAUCAGAGUUAUUAACCAACCCCUAAACCUGUACAAAUACUGUAAACUAAUUAAUCUGUAAUGUAUUUUAUCUGAUUGUUUUAUCCUAUGACAUUAUAAAGGUCUUUAAACAUAAACUUGUUUUACAUAGCGAGAGAAACAAUGUACACUCGUAUAAUUUAAGAAAUCAUCAUUUUAUUUGUAGGUGCAAGAUCAAAGUGUAAGAGCUUAUGAAGGACCAAUUAAAAAGCGAUUCCUGAUGGGGAAAAAGCAAGACUAAAAGUAAAUUGGAGGGAUGUUCUUUUUAAGGCACACCUUAGAUGUUUUUUUAUUCCCAUUUCUGUUUUAUUUUCUCUUUUCAUGAGCGAGCUCUUUCCUGUAUCUAUCUCUUUGUCUCUCAUUUUAGUACUUAUACA